UGUGAACAUGCAAACAUAAUCUAACGUUGAGAAAGUGGAAUGUAUUCACAUGCAGUGCCUCAUUUUCUUUACUUAAUCCGAAAAUCAUGUCUUUCCUUGAUUCAAACGCAACCCUUAAUUUCUUAGCCCCCUCCCCUUCCUCUUCCCCUCCCUCUCACGGAUCCGUUGACUUUCUAACAUUAUCUUUCAGCACCCAAAUAACCAUCACCAUGGCUAUCCAAAGCACUUCUUUUAAUCCUCUUCAAUUCAAAAUAUGCUAGCACGCACCCUUUCAUGAUUUCAUCAUAUAAUCAUCAACAAGAUGAACAACACAGCUGAUUCCUCUGGAUUCCUUGGCUCCAACAACAUAAGUGGCUUUGGCAUGGGCAUAGGAAUCUCAAUUGGGAUUCUUCUGCUCAUCACAACCAUCACGCUCACUUCCUACUUCUGCACCAGGGCACAGGUGCCAACUGCUCCAGCUCCUAGGAGAUCAAGCACUGGUGGUGGUCCACAAUUCCUUGAGCCACACCACACAAUAGUUGAUGUAGGGUUAGAUGAAGCCACAAUCAUGAAUUACCCCAAGAUGCUCUACUCUGAAGCCAAGCUAAGGAAAUCUAAUUCCACAGCAGCAACAAGCUGUUCCAUUUGUCUUGGAGAUUACAAAAGUUCUGAUUUGCUUAGGGUUUUGCCUGAUUGUGAGCAUGUGUUCCACCUCAAGUGCAUAGACCCCUGGUUGAGGUUGAAUCCAACUUGUCCCCUUUGCAGAACAUCCCCAAUCCCCACACCUCUCUCAACCCCUCUGGCUGAAGUGGUCCCAUUAGCAACAAGGCGAGAUUGAUUCUUUUAAAGUCUGUUUGGAUACAUUGGUAGAAGAACUUUAUUAGAAAAAACUUUUUAUUUUUAGUAGAAAUUUUUUCAAAAACUGUUAUAAACUUGUAUCCAAACACACUUAAUAAGUUAAAAUGUUUUUGCAUUAAUAAUAUGCUAAGGUUUAGGUUUAUCGAAAUUUUAUAAUGUAUUUUAUUGAUUGAUUGUAUAUUGUAAAUUCUUCUCUUGUAGCAUUUAUGUAAAAAAAAUAUGUUGAAAAUUGACAAAUUUUAGCUUUAUUAGUAGAAAUUGGAAAUUCUCACGGAAUUAAUGCCCCGUUUUCUCCUUUUCUUUAAGGUUUGUGUAUAUAGAAUCGAUUCAUCUUUGUAAAUUGAGAUUUGAGAAUCUG